AUGCCUGCCACCUCUGCGAAGGAGCACCUCUCCAUCGUGAUCUGCGGGCAUGUUGACACUGGCAAGAGCACCACCACCGACCGCCUCCACUACGACCUGGGCUGCCUUCCGGAACUUGAACUGGAGCAGUUGAAGGAGGAGGCCGAACGCCUGGCAAAAGGCUCCAUCGCUUUCGCGUUCUAUAUGGACCGUCAGAAGAAGGAGCAGGAGUGCGGUGUGACCAGCGCCUGCACCACCCAAGACUUCUACACCGAGAAGUGGCACUACACCGUCGUCAUCGAUGCCCCAGGCCAUCGCGAUCUCAACAAGGCCGACUACCUUCUGAAGAAGUCUGACAGCAUGGGUUGGUGGAAGGGCUGCGAUGUCAAGUACGGCAAAGACUGCGACACCGACAGAUACAAGCAAUCCCGCUAUGCCGAAGCCGCGAAAGAGUCGAAGAUCAUGCUGGUCAAGCACGGGUGGAACAAGGACUUCGUCAAGAAGGGCACGCCUGUAAUGCCAAGCUACGGCUGGAUGGGCGAUAACCUGAUAAAGAAGUCUGACAACAUGGGCUGGAGGAAGGACUGCGUUGACAAUUACGAGAAGGCCCCAUCCACGUGGACACCGUCUUCGAUGUCCUGGUCGUGA